UCACAGGGAGUUUGGCAGAGACACACACGCACACACGAACACACUGAGCACUCACCUACUUCCUUUGCUCUACACAGAGUUGCAGGAGCAUCACUAGAAGCAAAAGGUAGCAGAAUUCUAGUCAGAGAAACUGGUCAAUCGUGUGGGCAGUUCUUCAGCCUACUGGUGAGUGUGUUCUGGCUCAUGCAAGGAUGCAAGCUUAGUUGCAUGGCGCCGUCCAUGGCGUGCGGUGCCGCAAGGGAGUGCACACACAGCUUCUCCUCUGUGAACAACACGGGAGAGGUGCUAGGGGAGGAAUUCGGCCGGCUGCCAUACCACGGCAAGCCGUUCGUUUCAAGUCCUCCGGAGAUUGGUGAAGACGACGGUGAUCUCCAGCACGUGAUUACUGGUGGAACCUCGCCGCCUGCCCUGCCGGCUGCCAAGAAGAAGAAGAGAAGCCUUCCAGGCACACCAGACCCAAGCGCGGAGGUGAUCGCGCUUUCGCCGACGACGCUGAUGGCGACGAACCGGUUCGUGUGCGAGAUCUGCCACAAGGGGUUCCAGCGCGACCAGAACCUGCAGCUGCACCGGCGCGGCCACAACCUGCCGUGGAAGCUCCGGCAGCGCGGCACCGGCGCCGAGGGCGCGCCGCCGCGGAAGCGCGCGUACGUGUGCCCGGAACCGUCGUGCGUGCACCACGACCCUCGUCGCGCACUGGGCGACCUCACGGGGAUCAAGAAGCACUUCUGCCGCAAGCACGGCGAGAAGAAGUGGAAGUGCGACCGCUGCGCCAAGCGCUAUGCCGUCCACUCGGACUGGAAGGCACACUCCAAGGUCUGCGGCACCCGCGAGUACAAGUGCGACUGUGGCACCCUCUUCUCCAGGAGAGACAGCUUCGUGACGCACCGGGCGUUCUGCGACGCGCUGGCGCAGGAGAACAAUAAGCUGCCGCAGCCCGCCAUGAGCAUGGCCACGGUGGCCUCGGCGCUCCAGGGUCAGCAGCAAACUCACCACCACCUCAUGCUGUUGCCGUCGAGCCACAACGACGACGUGGACAUGGACGUCGACGCCGUAGCUGACGAGACCUCCGGCUUCGUCGGGGACAUCAAGAGCCCGCAUCUCAAGAUGUUCUCCGAUGACACCGCCGCCGCCGACGACAAUCCGCUCGGCUGCAUGCUGUCCAGCCUCGGCGCCUCUCCUUCCGGUUUCAGCGGAACCAAGUUCAGCCCACUGGGGCUAGGCGGAUCGACUGAUGCCGCCAUGGGGUUUUCGCCGGUCGGCCCAGCCAGCAUGUCUGCCACGGCGCUCCUGCAGAAGGCGGCCCAAAUGGGCGCGACCACAAGUAGCGGGUAUGGGCCGUAUGCCGCUAGCUUCACCCACACAGGCUUUGGAUCCACAAUGGUUGGGCUUGACCGCCCUAUUAUUUCAGGCCCAUUUGGGCCGAUGAGAGCAUAUGAUGGACUGCCACAAGAUGGGGCACAACUGGUUGGGUUCGAUGUAGGUGGGCUGAUGCCAGGCCAGCUAUACAACGAAGGAGCCCAUAGCACCCACACGACAACGACCGCUAGUUCAGUGAUGAGCGGUGGGAGUAAGACAGAGGAGCAACGACGAGUUGACGACAUGCAUGUCGUGGAUUACAUGGGCGUUGAGCAUCAUAGGACCUUCGGUGGUGCCAACCCGUUUGCGGAUCACAUGGGCCCGUGGACCUAGGUCUUUCGGGUAAUAUCAUGGGGGACAUGAUCACAAUCUUCUGCUUCAGCAUUUCGACUAUGAAGCAAUGGUUACAUCAUUGUGAGAGGUGUGUUCGUGUGUUUAACGGUAUAAGAUUCUCACAUAUCUGGUGGGUGGCUCGUGAUAUAUCCAACACCCUCGAGGUAUUAAAUUUAUGCAGGCAUGUUCUUGUGUGUAUUCUUUAUUGGGUACAUGGAAGAACAUCGAGACCAAGCUAGAGACGAUGACUUCAAAUUGCUUUCAUAAAACUUCGGAGUUUGUUGA